GGAAAAGAGCGCACACACAGAAGAGCGAGUGGGAAAAGGAAAAAUCUGUAAAAAGAAAAAGAGAAAACCACCCGGAGUGCGUUUUUUUUCGGACAUGGUAUGUUUUGACUGUGAGAAUGACGUGGUGGCUUUGAAUAUGCAACUGUAUAAGGCGACUAAAGUCAUUAGUAAUUCAGCAAGUCGACUGGCGGCUAGCUUUCCCAGGCCGUUGGCGUCCAUCGGCACGACGCGCUCCAACUUCUCCGCCUCGACUGUUUGACAAUAGUGAGCUUCAUCUGGACUAAAAAGCUGCAUCCUCGGACUCCACGUCGGAACUGAAAUUCAUGAGCUCGAAACAAAGUGCGGAGCAGCAGGGGGUUCGAGUAGUGUGAGGAAGAGACCGGAGGAGUGAAAGUAUCAGCGAGGGGAGAAAAGUUAGCGAGGAGUUUGGAGGCGGUAGCGAGAACCAGAGAAGCCUGUUGAUUUUACCACAGCACUGAACUUGUUAGCACAGCAAGGCUAACGAACUAGCUACCACCGACAUGAAGACCCCGGGUGAUUCGGGGUUCGCCUUCCCAGAAUGGGCGUACAAGCCUGAGUCGAGCCCAGGCUCCAGACAGAUCCAGCUCUGGCACUUCAUUCUAGAGCUGCUCAGGAAAGAGCAGUACCACGAUGUCAUCGCCUGGCAGGGAGACUACGGCGAAUUCGUCAUCAAGGACCCGGACGAGGUGGCACGACUGUGGGGCGCUCGCAAGUGCAAACCACAAAUGAACUAUGACAAGCUCAGCCGAGCACUCAGAUACUACUACAACAAACGGAUCCUGCACAAGACUAAAGGAAAAAGGUUCACCUAUAAGUUUAACUUCAACAAGCUGGUGCUGGUCAACUACCCAUUCAUAGACAUGGGAUCGGGAGGUUCAAACGUGCCUCAGAGUGCUCCUCCUGUUCCAUCUGGCAUGGGCACCCACUUCCGUUUCCCUCCCUCCACUCCAUCUGAUCUUUUCUCUCCAGGAGGUGAAGAGUUACGCAGUCCUGGUGUGUUCGCCAGUGUGGCACGUCGGGCGGCCCGUGGCUCUGUGUCUGACUGCAGCGACGGCACCUCUGUGGCCUCUGAGCUAGAAGAGGUGGGCAUAAAUGCAAGCGACGACCGCCCAGCCGAACGGGCCUUCAGGUCCCUUCUUUUACCUCAUCACCCUCGCCUCACCCAUGACUCACUGUUCCGCAUGUACGGGGUUCCUCCUCCAGCCACGGGACUCUUCCCUGCCUCUCCUCUUCCUGGAGGCCCUAUGCUAGCCCCGCCGCUCUCUCCCGCACUUUCCUUGACCUCGACGCCAACCUCACACCUCCCCUACACUCCCUCACCUUCGCUGGCAUCACCCAUGCCUUCCUCACGUUUCUCCUUUAGCCCAGAGGACAUGAAGCGCUAUUUGCAGGCACAUGCACAAAGUGUUUACAACUAUCACCUAAGCCCACGCGCCUUCCCCCACUAUCCAAGCAUUGUUGUGCCGCAGCCACAGCGUCCUGAGAAGAGCUUGGCGGUGUCAGCAGCCGGCUCACACCUUGCUUCUCACCCACUGCACCAUCAGCAGCCUGAAGAGCCCCAGUUCUCACCCUUCAAGUUCAAGCUGCAGCCGCCACCACUCGGACGCAAGCACAGGGACUGCCUGCCCCCCUCAGCUCCAGGGCACAGUUCUUUAGACUCUACCUUCGCAGGCUCAUUUGGUGGCGAGUGCGGUUCUGCAACGGGCUUGGAUUCCAACUCUGCCUCAUCUAGAUUGGCCAAUAGUGGCUCUGGAGGGCUGCCAAAGAUCAAGGUCGAGCCUGUCUCUGAUAUAGAGACAGAGGAAGAGGUAGAGGUCACUGAUAUUAGCGAGGAAGAUGACAACUGCGAUGUCUUUGUCCCCUCUCACACAAAUGGAAGCAACGCCGCUCCCUGCCACAACGGCAUCGUCGACGAGGAGGACGACUUCCUCGACGAAGAUGUGUUCAAGACUCCAGCUGCACCUCCCUUUGGAACUGCCAGUGGCAUUGCCACAGGGGCUGGUGUGGCCUCACCAGGUCUCAAAUCUGAACCCAGAGAGUUUGGUCUGGUACAGGGAGCUCCAAGCAGUCCCAGCGGCAACCAUUGCAUCCCGCUUAAGCUGCGCUUCAAGCGCCGUUGGAGUGAAGACCAGCGCAUGGAGGCCGAGACAGAGGAGGCAGAAGACAAGAAAAGCCGUGCCGAGAGGGUGGAGCCGUCUGAUAAAGAGCCGCAGCAAUGCCAUGAGGCAAGGAGUCCCAUAAACUUGGUGGCACCCCUGGGCACGGGCCAAAGGAGAGUGAGCUCUGAGCUUCAAAGAGCAACAGCGCAACUCUCUUUGGAAAACAGUGGCUGCUAAGGGAAAAUAGGAGAGUGGAGCAGUGUUUUUUAAUUGCACAUUCAGGACUAUUUUCUGAAUGACACACGGUCGCUUAAAGCCAUUUUCUUCACAUGAAUACCUGAAGAUUCAUGCAUUGAACUAAUACACCUGCAGAAUCACAGCUUUACUCACUUCAGGGUGCUGAGACACUACAAAUGGCUAAAACUGAGCGCUCCUCCUUGCGCUUAUGUUCUGUCCUCGAACAUCAGACCUGUCUGUUUUGUAAGUUCAUCCCAUCAAAGUCAGAUAUGAACAGAUUAUGUAGGCACGCAUUAUAACAUGGGUUAAUGUGCCUCCUCUGCACCUCUUUCUUAAUGGAUGGAAUAGAUAACAGUGCCUGGCUAAGUGGUCAGUGCACACAAUUACAAUAUAGAUGGCAAAAACCGAGAGGGGUAAAGACUUUUUAAACAGAGAUUCAGAAAUGUCCAUGCUCACUUCGUUAUCUAUUGUGCCAUGGCCUUGUUCAAAGCUAGACUUUUUAAAUGGCAUCAUGCGAAGAUGGACAUUUUCCUCAGACGUGAGC